GAUUUCUCACAAAAAUCUAUAUGAAUCACAAAAACAAUUAAUAUCAGAAAAUCUGGGCUUAACAUUCCCACGUGGAAUGGCAAGCUGCUGGCCCCCUUCAGAGGAGGCAUUUGCUCUCUGGUGUGCCACACUCUCCACCGCUCCCUAAUGUCUCAUGCCUCAGGUCAACAGGGUUUUGUUUGUUUGACUGAUUUUUUUAAUACCCAACACACUUGCUGCCUCUGUGUUACCAGCCUGCCCCUCCACCAAGGAGCCUGAGUUUGCCACCCUCUAAGGGGGAGGCAGGCUGAUGCUACACACAGGCCAAGUCGCCUUCAGAGACAACAUUUGAUUUCCCGGGACCAAAUCUUUAAAUAUGAAGCUGUAACAGGAACCUGGAGGCCUCUCUUGACAGCCUGCCCAGCUCUCAUUAUGACAUUUAGCCCGUGAUUGAUAUUGUGUGUGUCAUUGAGACCUUGGCAGUUAAUCUCUGGGUCGAAUCUAUGGAAACCAAACACAGCAGAUUUGUCUUCCCCUUCCACUUUGGCUGUGAUCUGGGAAACAGACGCUCCCGGCCUCUCGGAGAACUGGAGAAGUGGGAGCCGUGCGGAGAGCGAUGCACACAGGCCGCCUUCAGGAUUUGGAAAGAUUACAGCUGCAGAAAGGAAAGAAAAUCCCUUGGCUCCAAAAUGAAAUCCGGAGAACCGAAGACAAGCCUAAAGAAAGCCUACCCGUCAUCUGCCAAGAGGCUGUCGCUGAAGGCAGAGGAGGAGGAGGAGGAGGAGGAGGACUACUGUACCCCCGGGGCCUUCGAGCUGGAGCGGCUCUUCUGGAAGGGCAGUCCCCAGUACACCCACGUCAACGAGGUCUGGCCCAAGCUCUAUGUCGGUGACGAGGCGACGGCGCUGGACCGCUACGGGCUGCAGAAGGCGGGCUUCACGCACGUGCUGAACGCGGCGCACGGCCGCUGGAACGUGGACACCGGCCCCGACUACUACCGCGAUAUGGACAUCGAGUACCACGGCGUCGAGGCCGAAGACCUGCCCACCUUCGACCUCAGCGUCUUCUUCUACUCGGCGGCCGCCUUCAUCCACACGGCGCUGCGCGACGACCGCAGUAAGAUCCUGGUCCACUGCGCCAUGGGCCGCAGCCGGUCGGCGACCCUGGUCCUGGCCUACCUGAUGAUCCACAGGCACAUGACCCUGGUGGACGCCAUCCAACAAGUGGCCAAGAACCGCUGCGUCCUGCCCAACCGGGGCUUUCUGAAGCAGCUCCGGGAACUGGACAAGCAGCUGGUGCAGCAGCGGCGACAGGCGCAGCGCGGGGGCGGAGAGGAGGACCCCGAGAAGGAGCCCUAGGGCCCCGCGCCCGGCGGCGGCGACGCCUGGGGACGCAGAGGAACGGGCCGAAAAUAGCGCUGGCCUGUGGCUCCGUUUGCCACGGAGGAGGGACAGUGAAUCCAAAGCUUGACUUCUUCCAAACAAUCUUACUGACCUUCCCCGGGGCUGCGCUGGGAACCGGGAGGACCGAGAGCCACCUCCCCGCAGGUCCCGGCUUCACAGCAACGCGGGGCAGAGUGUGCACACACAAUUCUGCACAAAGUCUCCUGCGCUAUUUUUUUGUUUUGUUUUUUGUUGUUUUUUGGUAUAAGAUGAAAGCGGAAAAGGAUUUAAAAAUGUGUAGGCAUUGUGCUGUGAUUAAACGUUUGGCUUUGUCUGAAAGUCAUAUUCUUAUAAAAAAUAAUUUAAAAA